AUGGACUACAUGAUGCUGAAAGUGACCACCUGUCCGUCGGACGCUCUCUCCUACACCAAUCGAGCUGUCGUCAGCACUCAGGAUGCCAUCAGCCAGUACAAACACGUGGAAAUCACCAACUCCACCAUGGGCUCGUUCAUCUUCACGGUGGAGCCGUCCCCUCAGAUCGGCAAGGGACUGAUGGGCUUCAACAUGCCCAUGCGAAAAUGGGCUCUCCUCUCGACGAACGAGACACUAAAAGUGAAGCCGUACAACUUUGAUCUUCGAAGUUGCUCCAUUGCCAGGAUCACCCUCUUUGUUGAUUACAUGCAGAAGACGAAUGCUUCUGAGUCGUUGAACACCGAUGAAAUGGCAAAGGCCUUCAUGGAAACGUUCCUUCCGCAGGCCUUCACUGUUGGGCAGACGAUGGUGUUUAAGUUCCAAGACAAGAAGCUUCUCCGACUGACUGUCAAGGAGAUUGAAGCACUGUCCACUGACCUCUUUGACCCGAACAAUUCAGCCCCGAAAAAGACCGAGCCACGAAUGAUUAAAAUAGGCGUCACCAUUCCAAACACCCAAGUGAUGUUUGAAAAGCAAUCAGACUCUGCGCUGAGCCUCACCGGUCAGGCCAAGGGCAAAGUCGUCCGACAAUCGAUCAUCAACCCCGACUGGGACUUUGCCACCAUGGGCAUCGGUGGCCUCGACAAUGAAUUCAAUGCCAUCUUCAGACGUGCUUUUGCGUCGCGAGUCUUCCCCCCGGAGAUCAUCGAAGAGCUGGGCAUCAAACACGUCCGCGGCAUUCUCCUCUUCGGUCCGCCGGGCACCGGCAAGACGCUGAUGGCUCGGCAGAUCGGCAAAAUGCUGAACGCUCGCGAGCCGAAGAUCGUCAAUGGGCCGCAGAUUCUCGACAAGUACGUCGGCGAGUCGGAGGCGAACAUUCGCAAGCUGUUCGAGGACGCCGAGGAGGAGCAGAAGAAGAUGGGUAUCAACAGCGGCCUGCACAUCAUCAUCUUCGACGAGAUUGACGCCAUCUGCAAGGCGCGCGGCUCGGUGGCGGGCACUGCCGGCGUCCACGACACCGUCGUCAACCAGCUGCUGGCGAAGAUUGACGGCGUCGACUCGCUGAACAACAUCCUCGUCAUUGGCAUGACCAAUCGGCGGGACAUGAUCGACGAGGCGCUGCUGCGACCGGGUCGAAUGGAGGUGCAGAUGGAAAUUAGUCUGCCCAAUGAGGAGGGCCGCGUGCAGAUUCUGAACAUCCACACCAGCAAGAUGAAGCAGUACAAGAAGCUGGCGCCCAACGUGGACAUUGGCGAGCUGGCCACGCUGACGAAGAACUUCUCCGGCGCGGAGAUUGAAGGCCUGGUGCGGGCGGCGCAAUCGACGGCAAUGAACCGCCUGGUGAAGGCGACCAACAAGGUGGAACUGGACCCGCAGGCCUUUGAUAAGCUGCUCGUCACGCGGGAAGACUUUCUGCACGCCCUGGAGAACGACAUCAAGCCCGCCUUUGGCACUAGUCAGGAGGCGAUUGAGCGGCUGAUCUGCAACGGCAUCAUCUGCUGGGACCCGGUGGUGAACAGCAUCCUCGAGGACGGUCGCCUCUUCAUGCAGCAGGUCAAGUCGAGUCAGGGCACGCGCGGCAUCGUCAGCAUUCUCCUGGAGGGAGCGCCGAACAGCGGGAAGACGGCGCUGGCGGCCAAGCUGGCCAUCGACUCUGACUUUCCCUUCAUCAAGCUCUGCUCGCCCGACGACAUGGUCGGCUUCACGGAGACGGCCAAGUGCGCCCAGAUUCGCAAGGUCUUCGACGACGCCUACAAGUCGACGCUGAGCUGCAUUCUGGUGGACAACAUUGAGCGGCUGCUCGACUACGGCCCCAUCGGUCCGCGCUACUCCAAUCUGGUGCUGCAGGCGCUGAUGGUGCUGCUGAAGAAGGAGCCCCCGCCGGGGAAGAAGCUGCUCGUCCUCUGCACCAGCAGCUGCUGCAGCGUCCUCCGGGAGAUGGGCCUCCUCUCCACCUUCACCACGGUGCUGCACUGUCCCAACCUCUCCAAGGGUCCCCACCUGAUCAACGUCCUCCAGGAGAUGGCCAAGGAGAAUGCCGCCUGCUUUGAGGGCUACGAGAUUCAGCAGAUUGCCAACUCCACGGCCAACGCCACCUUCAACAUUGGCAUCAAGAAGUUGAUUGCAUACGUGGACAUUUCCAAACAGAUGGAUCCGGGCGACCGAGUGAUCAGGUUCCUCGGAAAGAUUGAGGAGGAGAGCAUCCAUGGCUACUAG